AUUGUAAGUUGGUUUUAAUGCCGCUGGGGACAGCAGAUAGGCAUUCUGUCUCUUAAAAAUUAAGUAUUUCACUGGAGGUAGCAAUAAUUAGAAGGAAAAAACUGUAUGAUUCUGCUAUUUCAGCAUGUCAGAUAAAAGUGGUGAUAAUUUUCGCAAUGGACGUCGAUCGAGAGAUGCAAGUUCACAAUCGGAUGAUAGUAGCGACGAAUCCGAUCAGGGUGAGCAUGAAUGAAGAAACGUUUUUUUUUCGUGUUUUUUUUUAAAAUUGUUUUUUUACCGGUAAUACUAAUAGCCAGUGAAGAGCGCAUAAUUUUGUACACAAUAAUUCAAUUAUACGCAGGGAUUUGUUGCUAUAUAUUAAUUUUAAUUUUUAAGUUAUUGAUCCAUUAAUUUUUUACCUCUAAAUUUAUUAUUUUCUAAAACCUAGAUAACGGAAUGCGCAUUGGGGAAGAUUACCAAGCAUUGAUCCCAGAAUAUACUCCAGGUAAGACAUGAGUUAUCUCCACUGAAGUCAGUCAUUAAGUUUAGCCAAGCUAUGACUUUGACUACUAUGAGGAGACAUGUAACUUUUGAUGAAACAUUAAUACAAAUGAUUUUACUCAAUGUGUCAGUUAAUUAUAAUGAAUAAUUCGCUCCCUUUUUAAGUUUUUUUACAAAGGAUUUUCUCUCUUGCAACAAUAAUAUUAAUAAUAAUAUUCAAUAACCAAUUCAAUGGAUAGGUACUAUUUACUACUCCAACUCAAAUUUUCAAAUACAUCUGACAAGGACAAAGAGCAUAUCAUUGGGAAAGCUGGCUUUAAGCUUUCAAUUGACACCACGAUAAUCUUUCUAUCAUUUAAAGGAGAAAAGUUAUGAUUUUUUUAGUGAUUUUUUUUUACCCCAUGUCAUUUGCCUUUGUAUUUAAUUUUUUAAACUGUCAUCACAUUAUUACUCUUUUUGUACUAUUUUGCAUGUAUCUUUUUGGAUAUUAAUGUUAGAGCUAUCGAAUUUGGAGGAGACAUUUACAAUACAAUGUUUAACAAAAUAAAACAUGAAAUUCUGAAUUAACUUUUUAUAUUUUACUAAAUAUGACUAUGAGCAUAUGGCGUGGAUAACUACAAUUGUCGAAAAAUUUAAUAAAAAAAAAAAAAAUGACAUAAUUACUAAACAAAUGAAGCUAUUGCUAUAAAAUUUUCAAUACAAACAGAUAAUUUCCAUCUAAAAGUAAGGUAAAUUUAAAAUAAAUUAAAUGCAGAUCAGAAAAAUUUAUGGAAUGUUAGAAAAAAUAUUUCAUGAAAAGCGACUGGCCGAGACAUUUUUACACUUAAAAUAGAUAACUUUUAAACUAAUAAAGCUACUGCAAUGAAAUUUUCAGCACAGAUAGAUGGUGACAAUAUAAAUGUAAUAGAAUAUUAAAAUAUUACAAAGGCAAUUUAAAUCAUGCAAUAAAAAAUUAAAAAAUGUCAUGUAAUCUGUCGACAUUGGAGUGUAUUUUUAACCAUAACUUUUAAACUAAUAAUGCUAACGCAAUGAAAUUUGCAGUACAAAUAAACAGUGUCAAUCUAAAUUUAAUAAAGUAUUUAAAUACAAAAAAACAUUAUUCAGAAAUUUUAUUUAAAAGUUAUUAAAUGAAACUCCAUCUCUGUCAACAUAAUUGUACAGGCACAUUAAGUUUGGGCUCCGGAGCUCUAGCAACACUUCAUCCUCAUCAUGUUUUAUAUAUGAAAUUAUUAAAAACCAGUUAUUAAAAGUGUAUAUUUAUAAUCAAACUACUAAGUUAUAACACAGGAAAUAUUUAUUUAGCUAUUUCAAAAAAAGUUUAAAAUAAUAAUAACCAAGUUUACAUUAGAAAUAUACCACUUCCGGUUGAUCGAGGGGAAAAAAAUGGCCAUGGCUUGGCAGCCUAGAAUUUUUAGUCACAUCGCUCAAGCUCUAAUAAAUUUCAGUGAUGAUCAGUACUUUUAAAAAACAGUGUUUCCCCUUUUAAAAUAUAUAAACUAUGCGUACAAGCAAUUUCCAAGUCCGAACACGAUUAAAAAAAAAAAAAAAAAAAAAAAAAAAAAAAAAAAAAAGUACUUUUAAAAAACAGUGUUUCCCCUUUUAAAAUAUAUAAACUAUGCGUACAAGCAAUUUCCAAGUCCGAACACGAUUAAAAAAAAAGAAAAAAAAAAAAAAAAAAGCACAGCGAACUCACUUACCACAAGUCAACUUUCCAAUUAAUCGUCUCAGCAUGGUCAGAUUUCUACUUAAUUCCUACCCUCGUAACCGGCAUGGAUUGCCGAUUCAAAUUAAAAGAAUUAAUCAAACUACUAAGUUAUAACACAGGAAAUAUUUAUUUAGCUAUUUCAAAAAAAGUUUAAAACAAUAAUAACCAAGUUUACUUUAGAAAUAUACCACUUCCGGUUGAUCGAGGGGAAAAAAUUGCCAUGGCUUGGCAGCCUAGAAUUUUUAGUCACAUCGCUCAAGCUCUAAUAAAGUUCAGUGAUGAUCAUUACUUUUAAAAAACAGUGUUUACCCUUUUAAAAUAUAUAAACUAUGCGUACAAGCAAUUUCCAAGUCCGAACACGAUUAAAAAAAGAAAAAAAAAAAAAAAAAAAACAACAAAAAAAAAUAAAAAAAAAAAAAAAAAAAAAAAUAAUCAUUACUUUUAAAAAACAAUGUUUACCCUUUUAAAAAAUAUAAACUAUGCGUACAAGCAAUUUCCAAAUCCGAACACGAUUAAAAAAAGAAAAAAAAAAAAAAAAGCACAGCGAACUCACUUACCACAAGUCAACUUUCCAAUUAAUCGUCUCAGCAUGGUCAGAUUUCUACUUAAUUCCUACCCUCGUAACCGGCAUGGAUCGCCGAUUCAAAUUAAAAGAAGGAGAAUCCUCUAUUUUUAGAAAUGACAUAGAACAAAGUUAAAGAUCGACAUCUACUGAAAACGAAAAGCGCCAGCUGAUCACAACAAUCCCCUUUCGGCAGGCCGCGUUUUUCUAUCGCUUGCUGCGAAAGUAUUGGAGUGCCUACAAUGGAUGGAUGGCAGAUAUGAGAUAACUUACUAAACUAAAAGACUAAUAAAUAUAAGUUAAAAUAAGGCAGGCCUAGUCCUAGGCCUAGACAAAUUAAGUAGACCAAAGUAAUUAAAAAGACUCUUUAUUUUAUAUAUUUAUAAAAGUUAUUAAUCUACACUUUAAGGGGAUUGAAAAUUGUAUUUUUUUGCCAUAUGUCAUAAAUGGAUUGCGUCUAAUUGGAGAGGACAUGUAUUACUGGCCAACUGGCAAUAAUCAAUAGAAAAAUAUGAACAUCAUACAAAAAAAGUUAUGGAUGUGGGCCUUGCACCGGUGGUGGAUACCUUUCUACACCACUAAAUUAUUAUUUCUCAUACUAAGUUGCUUUCUGACUAUUAAUUUUGUCUUUAUGUCACAGCUGCUAGGAGAUUAUAGACUGCUUUGCCUCCAUUCCAGCUUAAACAUACCCUCUGUUAAGAUCUUUUUUUUUUUAUAAGAUUAAAAGAAUCAAAUGCACACACAGACACACACACAAUGCCCCCCCCCCCCCCCCCACCCAACUUCAUUACACAAGCAGAUUUAGUCAACCAAAUACUAUGGGUUAGUAUUCCUUCAACAAGAGGCAAGAUUUGAACUAAAUGUGGACCAAAUCUUCAUUGGGCGGGGGGGGGGGAAAUAGCAUCCAUUAAUGACGUUGGGGGAUGGGGGUGGUCACACUUUUGUGACAAGGUUAACUCUUUCACUGCAUUUUUUUUUAUAGAAACAUUUUUUUUCAAUGAACAAAAAAAAUAUUUAAGACUAAAUUUGGUAUCAAAUGAAUGAUAAUUGAAUGGACUAUAUGUUUGUAAACUUAUUUCUUCAAUUUAAAUAAAAUAAGUAACAGAAAAGAAACUUAAAAUGUGAAAAACAUAUGCAAACAUUUUUUUUCCCCCAAACCAUUUGAUGUACGGAUACAUGAUCUUCACUGCUAUAACUCAAAUCCUCUAAAACUACUACUAUCCGAAUCAUGUGAUGGAUCUAAAUCAUCUUCACUAUCAAUUGAAAUAUUAUAUAUUUCUAAAGCAUUUUGAGCUGUUAAUCGUAAGGAAACGUACUCAACUCACUAGUCCAUGGGCAGCCAUAGCAAUAAUAUUGAUACAGAGAAGAAAAAAAGCGAAGAAUAUAAAUAAAACCAAAAAAUGUUGGUUUUGCAUAUUAACAAUAAAGUACCACUCUUCUAUGUAAAAGUCUAUUUAAAAAUAGCUCUUAAAAAGUUUAACAGAGAAAUAGCAAAGAAACAACCAAGAUAUUGAAACAAUACACAGCGCUUCGGUCUGUGGUUAUUAGCAUGGUGGAUGAAUUUAUUGUGCCUUGUGCUGCAGCGAAAGAGUAGUAUGAUGUCACAUUAAAAGUGGAACAUUAUAAUAAAAAAAAAUGCACUUAAUAACAGUGAAUAACACUAAUUUACAGACAUUUUUAACAUUAUUCUUUGAUAAAAGAAUUAUAAUUAUUUUAUUUUUAAACUGCCAUCACUGAGAGGAUCAGUACAGGCAUGCGAGAUCUGAAAAAUUGCAUCUGAUCAAGUUACAGGCUGCCACAGAGCAGGAGAAUAUGGGUGUAGUGACAUUGGCAGUUAUGAGAAUUUAAGUCAAAAUGUGGGGACCGGAGUCGUAGAAAUAAGGCCUGUUAGGACUACCAUGUGAAGUGGGAUGGAGCAAAAAAUGGUUGACACCACACACCCAUGAUAAUUAAAUAAUUUAGUUACUGUAGUUUUAAAAAAAAAAUAAUUUCCUAUAAACAAGGGAAAAAAAACAAUUCAAGUUGUGUGCAAAAAUUUUUUUUGCCCAAAAAACCCAUUUCUAAUUAAAAUGCAUAAAAAAAUAUUUUUUUUAAAGCAGAUACAACUAGCAAUGGCACCAAAUACAAUUUUCUGGGUCUUUUGUCUCUCAGGGGGUGCUUUUAUCCCAGGGAACCACUGUUCUAGGGAAAUGUUUCUGACACAGGUGCAGUCAUUUAAUAUCCAUUGGAGGUGAAUUUUUAAAGAGUUUGUAAAGGCCAUUAGAGGACCGGGGUGGGGGGGGGGUGGUUGCAGGGAUUUGUGAUAUUUUAAUUGUGGGGAUCUAACUUUUUGUGAGAAUGGGGGACGGUUGGUGAAUCAGAAAAAUUUGCAUGACAUCAUUUAUGGAUGGUCCCUGGAGCAAUCCAUAAAUGGACACCCCCCCCCCCCCCCCCCAAAACCACAAAUGUAUAAACUUCCCUUCCCCCUAGAUGUGUGAUAUAUUUUAUAGAUGACCCCUUCUUUGUUUAAUAAUGUCUAAUUAGGCUUUUAUACUCUUAAAAUUUUUUUUGACAAUUAGUGUUGAAAUUUUGGUAAGCAGCAGCCAAUUUAAUUGGGCUAAAAUUGUUGAACCCAAUUAUAACUCAAUAUUGUAUUAUUUUUUUUUUUAGUUGAGAUGAAUGUGAAUCCAAUAAUAAUUUUUAGCAAAUAUAUGUAAUUACACAAUGCAUUGUGCAUUAAAAAAAAAGUCAGGUAAUAUUUUUUUAAAUCUUCCGCCCCUGGCCAAAACAAGUUUAACCCACUUCUGCCUAACGUGCAGUUUUAAGUAAAGGGAGAUCACUCCAUUUGGAAUAGUAAAUACCCUGUAUAAAAAGUCAUAGCAUUUUUUUGAAAUAAAAAAAUUAAUGAAAUUUCAUAAGCACAAUAUAAAUUAUAUAUGAAAUUGUGUAUCGGUUCAUUUUCACAAGUUGACAAUCAUCACCAUGGCUACAAUCACCUGCUGCUAGCAUCAACUACCUAUGUACUUAACUAAUUUCAUCAUCUAUCCUUGCUUAUAGAUCUCUCAAGAGCUUGGAAAACCAUUCUGAACUUCUGUUGUUACUUAGUUAUGAUAGAAGAUAAAAAAAAAUCACAUUUUCUGUGGAGAGAGUAGAAAUUAAUUCUAAGAUUUAGCAUACAGUUACGGCAUAUAUCAGUAGAUUUAAAAUUUAAUUUAAUAUUUUUAUUUUUAGAUGCAAAAUACGAUGGAAAACCAGAGGCAAUGCUGGUCUGGGCCCCCUCACCAAACUUAUCUGAUGCUAAAGGUAUUGGAAGCUGAAUUGUUCAUAUUUCAACAGGAUCUAGAUGUUUCGGACUACUAACUGCAUUCAUUGCAUUCAUGAAAUAUGUAUUGCUAUUGCUAACUUAAUCCUGGGCAAACAGUAUAGAGACUUUCCCCUUAAAUCUCCCCUUAAAUCAUAAAUGACUAAUUAUGUAAACUAUGGAAUUUGUUCAUUAAAAAAAACCAAUGUGACUAUUAAAUGGUUUUAUCUAUAUAAAAUGCAAUUUCUUCAACUUUUUCAGUAGAUGAAUAUAUACGCAUAGCUAAAGAUCUGCAUGACUAUAACAUGGAGCAGGUGAGCUACAUCCCAAACUUAAUCAGAGUAAAGAUUUAAAGCAAUAUUUUAAUUUAAAAAAAAUUGUAUUGUCACCAUAUGAAUGAAAAUUGUGUUUCAAAACUUUAUAGACUCUAAAAUAAAAGUGGGGUUUGAUUGUUUUAAUAAAAAUGUAUUUGCUUGCUCCAAUCAUUUGCCUGACCUUAAUAUUAUAUAUAAUUUAACUAAAAGAAAAUGUAUAAGAUACUUAAAAAUUUAAUGGCUCUCACAAAUAUGAAAUCUAUUGGUAGUAUUGUACAAAGUAACAAUUCAAAUUUUUCUCUGAUCACAUUGAUAGGAUGGGGUUCAAGCUUAAUGAUGAAAUGUAAAUAAAUAGACCUCGUUUUUCAUUUAAAAAGGCUUUAGGGAUGCUUUUCUGGCAUAAACACAAUAUUGAAAGAGCUCUGUCAGACUUACCGAAUUUCACCCCUUUUCCUGAUGAAUGGUCAGUAGAAGACAAAGUUCUCUUUGAGCAGGCUUUUGGAUUUCAUGGCAAGAGUUUCCAUCGAAUAAAACAAAUGGUGAGUUAUUUUAUAUUGUAUUAGAAAAUGAUCAUCCUAGAUUUUAUGGUCUGCCCUUGUAAGGUAAACAUCCGCAACCUGUGGUAAUAUUAGCAUAAGCACCAAGCCAUGUCAGUUUCUAAAGUAAGUUAUAAAAAAUUAUUUUAAACCAGUUGAAAAUGAAUGAAGCAAUGUGUCAAGGGUAUGAGAAUCACUGUUGUUAUGUGUAGAUCACUUUUGUCAAGUUUGAUAGUGAAAAGAUGUUUAGUUAGAGAUUUCAUGUGUAGCUGUAUCGAUGGUGUGAGAGUGUUGUGACGUAUUUGGGUAAAGGGAAGUUAGUUUUAGUUUUUGUUAUGGCGGAUAAACUAUAAUGACGUUUUGGACUUGUUGCUGAGUGUUAGGCUGAAACGAUUUGAUUAUUAAUCUGUAAUUAUAUAACAACUAUAGAUAAGGAAUUGUUGUUAAAUAAAUUCAUAUCUUGCAACAAACCGAUAAGUGUUUGUUAUAUUAGUAGCUGUUGCUAUUAGAUAUACUGUCUUGUGGGAUCAAGUGAAAGACUUGGCCCAAACUAGUAGGCACUCAUCGCCAUGAGUGGAUGAACAUGACACAACAGGUUCAACAGCUCAUCACAAUGUUUAAUAUUUAGAUGUGCAAGCUUUUAAGUUUGCUGUUUAUGAUGCUUUUACUCUUUUGCAGACAGUAUUAAUGCUUGGUAUUUAUUAAAUGUAACAGCUGCAUUAUAUCUUAGAAUUAAUCCUGUCAAGUACCUUCAAAUUUUGGUUAAAAAGAGUAGUAACAGAAUUUGAAGAUUGGGAACAUUUUAUCCAAAAUCUUUGAUUGUGUCAGUAAUUCCGUUUUCAACUUAAUAGUUGACUAAAAUAGAAAAAAUAAAAAUUAUCUCUUGGAAUAAAUUGGUAGCAACAAUCUUGUUUAAAUAAUAGUUAAGGGGUUUCUUAAAUUAUUUUCAAAAUUCUUUGUAGUACAGUGAAAUUUAAAAAAAUAAGUUAUCUGCCUCUCCCUUAAUAGGUGUGCUUUAAAAUUGUGUGUUUUUUGUAUGAUUAUAUAGCUACCAGACAAGCCCAUUUCAGCGCUAGUUAAAUAUUUUUACUCUUGGAAAAGAACUCGGUCACGAUCCAGUGUAAUGGAUAGGCAGGCAAAGAGGCUUGGCAAUGGUGGUGAAAGGUAUUUAAUAUUGUAAAAUAAUCAGAUUUAUUAUACUUAAAGUUAAAAAAAAAAUUUUCAGCUUCUUAAAAACCUUGCUUAUUAGUUAUUUAUAUAUGGCGAGUUUUUAUUUUUAGAUUUCAAUUCUUUAAUAAUUGAUAAUAUAGUCUUCUUUAUUUCAUUAGAAUAACUUUUUCUGUAAAAAAAAAUUUAAAAAAUGGACCUUAUUACAUAAUUCCCAGCUUUCAGAAGGAAAAGACGUGUUAUUUUAAUCAAUCAUUUAAUUUAAGUCCAUUGUACAUAAAAAUUGUGCAUUCUAAGUUGACAUAAGGUUAUAGUGCAAACUAUUCCAGUUGUGGAAUUUUGAACUGGGAGCUUUUUUUUCCCUUGCAACUAGACGCAACACUUCUAAAGUAACUCACCUAAUAAAUGGUGAAAUUUGAGGAUUCCUCUUUAAAUAUUGCUAACAUUGUGUGUAAUAAUUUUUAACAUGGGAGAAUUAUUUAUUUAUUAUUUUGAGUUCCACAGAUAAGUGUUACUAUUGCUAUUGGUCAUUCAUCUAUCCAAAAUUUAAGUUUUCCCGCUUGUUAUAAAAUUUAACCUGAAAUAUAGAUUGCAUAAAAGAUGAAAGAUUUCAGUUUAAAAUAAAAUUAUGUUUUUUUCUAAAAUUUCUCUUUCAAUUAAAACAAUUAAAGGAGGAUACUUUAAAAUAUUUAUGUAUUACUUGUAUUUUACAGUGAUGAAGGUUCAGAGAAUACUUCAAAUUCUGAUGAAGAGGAGAAAAGUAAAGAAAAUGUUAGUAAUGUCUUUACAAUAUUUCCACAUUACAUGACUAUGAUAAUGAAGAAGGAGCAUUGGUACUUUAAUAACUUAAGCUUGUACAGUAAUAAUGUGAACUAAAUAUAACUACUGAUUAUGGAUAUAAUUGGAAAACCUCAAAUAAAUAUGUAUAUGAAAAAUAAAUUCUUCCAGAAAGACAAAAAUAGAUGUGUGAAUUGUGGAGUAGUUACAUCACAGCUUCAUGUCACGCCUAAAGGGUCAUUGUGUCAUAGCUGUUAUCAGUACUGGAGGUAAGCUUAUAGAAGUGGAUCAAAUAAGAGGUAGUCAUAUGAUUAUAUAAAAAAAAUUUGUUCAGUAUUUCAAGAAUUGCUUUUUAGUACUCACAGUUAGAAAGAACUAGAGAUUUUUAUUUCAACUUUGAACUAAGAACUUUGGCAGUUAACUGUAAGGCAUCAUGUUCUUUUGUUUUAAUUACCUAUUUUCCCCCAUUUUUAUUAACAGGGGAAUGUGUACUUAAGUCCUAUUUAUUGUGCUACGUUAUUAUUAUUUAAAAAUGAUUUCAUUUAGGAGAACUGGUGUGAUGCGAUCAGCAGGUCCGAAACGUCACGACUCCCAAAGUACAGGAAGACAUAACCCUAUUAAACAUAAACGCAAACCGCCUAAAGGAAUGUAUCUUGAUCAAAAUGAUCUCUUAGCUAUGGUAUCUGGUCCACCAAACCAGCCUGAGGCAAUUUUAAAAUCACUUGAUUCGGAGCUUAUAUCCCUUAAACGAAUGGUCCAAAACAACAAACAGAUGCUCAGUCAACAAAAGCACAAGUUAGGCGCAGGUGUGGAUGACAUGAAACCACCAGAGGUAUUUAAACAAUGUUUUGUUCAAACACUGAACUGUAAUGUAGCUUCCUAAAUUCCUUCACUAUAUCAGUAUGUAGCCCAAACUGAAAUUAACUUUACAUUUGUUGUGAGUUUCACCUGAUAGCACUUUUUUUCUAAGAUAUACAAUAUAAUACAACACUAUUUUAUAGAAAUAUAUGUCUAUUUGCCACAUAGAGGAUAUCUAAUAUAAACACAAAAACUGGAAUAUAACCUUUCACCACAGUCUUGGGCAGAAUGUUUAUUCCUUGGGGGAAUAGUCCAAUUUUAAUUUGCCUUUUAAAUGAUUAAAAUCGACCAAUUACUGAGUUUUUUGUGUGGAUCUGUAUUUGUUGUUUCCAUGGCGCUACACUAUCGCUAUUGUUGAUGACGACUUAGGCACAAUCCCCUAGUGUGCCAUUGUCAAAGAAAAGGUUGAACAAAACACUUUAUUUUUUUUAACACCCUUUAGUUUUUUUAAAACCCUUAUCCAUUUCUGAACAGAUAAUUCUCUACAUGUUAUUAUCAAUUGUUUAAAACAAAAAAGUUACAAAAUAAUUUGCAAACAUAUCAAAUUUUGGCUCAUUCCAAAUUAAUGUCUGGGCCACAGGGAAUAAUUAUUAAAAUAAUAGCCGGGGCUGAGGCUAUACAAGCAAAAAGAAGGUCAAUACUAUAAGGGUUAAGUUCUUUUCAAUUUUGCUGAAAAUCGACCAAAAAUAUAAUAUAUUAUAUUUUUACAUUCUGAAAAAAAGGGCUAUUUUUAAGGACCUAUAUAUCCUAAAAUAAUGGAGAAGUCCAGGAAUUGGUUUUUUUUGGGGUUUAUUUGCGCCAAAGUUUUUAAUAUUUAAUUGAUAUCUAUUAUCUAUAGCAGAUACAUGUCAGCAAAACAAAGUGACAGCAGAUUGCAAUAUAAAUGCCUGUCAUCUACUUUUAGAAGUAACCUUUUUUGAAGACAGCUUAACUCGAUCCCUCUAGACAGACGAUGGGAGCAAUUAUUGUAUACAUUAUAUAUAUAUUGUAUGUUAUUUAUUUACUAUGAAGAUACUAUAAUGUACGAUUUUAGAAGUACAAGGGUAAACAGGUCUGCAUUAAGUCCGAUAGACAAUAUGUAUCCCAGCCUAGUUCACAAUGUCUCUAAUAUGCUCAGUAUCGUUUAAAUAUACCUAAUUUCUGAAACAAAUUAUGCUAAACUCACAUCUAAUAGACAUGUUCAGUUACUCAUAUGUUAACUGAAACUUUAAUUCUACCACUUUCUUCUUGAGUUAAGACGCAAACUAAGACAUUAAAAAGCUCCUGCCAUGGUACUAGUAGUUGUGGCCAAGCAAGCGUCUGCCGUCUAUUGUAAGGGCUGUAGAACUGGAAAUAGUGGUGUUUUUGUAAACAUCGUGGCUUCAGGCUUUCCUGUCCACCAAUUUAAUCUUAUGAAAUUAAGUAUUUUAAAAUCUGAAAUUUCCAAUAGAGUAAAGAAAGUAUAAGAUCUUUGUGUUUUCACCCAUUUUUCGCCUAAAGAAGUUUGCAACUUUUUUUUUUCAAAAUAAAAUAUAUUUUCUAUACAUCAAACGAGAGAUCAGUAUCUACUCUUUCUAAAGGUGGUAGGAUUAUUCUGAUAGCUUACCAAGCUUUUGAAACACCAUGGGGUAAUUUGGCACUCGUUAAAAUGACGUAAAAUUUGUCAAAACUAAUAUUAUUAAAACACACAAAAUACACUUACAAACUUAUGUUUAAGACACAAAAAUAACAUAUUUCUUAAGAUAAAAUCUUAAACUUUAUUCACAAUAUACAUUUUAUUCCUGUAACAUUACUAGAAGUGGGUUAAUUAUUUUUAAAUGUAUUUUUUCACCAGUCUGGUCUACCUAUUAUCAAUAGCAUAUAUGUAAUUUUGAUAAGAUUUCUUUAAAAAAAGACACCUAUCUCUAAACAUUUUAUUUCCUGAUUAGGUUAAUCGUUAAAUCAAUUUUUCCUUCCAAAAUUUCCAUUUUCAGCAGCAUUUCCCAAACUGUUUAAUUGGCGGACCAGUACACUAUUUUCUGAAUUGCACCAGGGUCCAAUGGCAGAUUAUUUAAUUAUAUUUUCUUUUUAUUUGACCAUAAAUAUUCAUGUUGUACUGAUCAGACACCUAAAUCUCGUGGAAACUCGUGGUCCGCAGAACACCUUUUAGGGAACGCUGAUUUACAAGACAUUAUAUUUUUACUUUAAAUAUUUUUUUAUUUUAAUAAAGUUUCUUUUUUAAUAUUCCAAAAUUAACAGUCUGGCUUUCGAAUUAAUGCAAGAUGGACAAAUGAAGAGUUACUUCUUGCAGUUCAAGGUAAAAUCAAUCCAAAUAACUUAAAGGGCUUAAUUAAUUUAUUUGAUGCUUACAUAUAGAAUUUCAUUUUGAUUAACAUAUUAUUUAUUGAAAAAAUGUUCCUAAAUCAUUUCAGGUGUGAGAAAGUAUGGAAAAGACUUCAAAGCUAUAGCGGAGGUGAUUGGCAACAAAACCGAAGCUCAUGUUAGAAGUUUCUUUGUUAACUUUCGGCGCCGUUAUAAUUUGGAUGAAGUCUUAGGAGAGUAUGAAGCAGAACAUGGCAAGUCUGAGUGGUCCAAGUCUGACAGUGGGAAAGAGGAAGAAGAUGAUGUUAAAGAAGCAGAAAUUAAGGUCUGUAACAAAUUUAUAUUGACAGAGUCAGUAUGGAUAAAUGACAUGUAUUUAUAUGAUUUGCAUUUAAAAGUUAUGGUCGUGAUUAACUCAAUUCAGAUAUAAUUUUUAUUUCCAAUUAUUGGUCUUUAGUUUAUUUUUUAUGUUUGUGUACUUUCAUCUAAUUUUUUGUGUUCCCAGAUGGAUGUGGACUCAAGUGAGUCUACUGUCAAUGGCAAGGCAAACACCCCACCAGACAGCACAGUUUCUGUGGAAAGUCCAAACAUUCUUAAACCUAUAAAUGCUGCAAACAAAGACUCAGGAGAUGGAAAUGAGGCUACAUCUACCUCAAAGUAAGCAGUCUAUGGUGGAUAGGAGCGUUCUUCUGCUACUGGCAGGUGCUUAUAAGUCAGGUGCUAGAUUAAGUAUCUUUUCUGGUAAUUCUUUUAUGAAGAUGAUUGGUUUCAUGGGUGAAAUUUCAUCAUGAUGUAGAUAUGAUUCGGCUGUUGUAGAGUUGAAAAGGUAGCAUUUUCCAUUAUUUAUUUGCUUACAUACAUAUAUUAGCAUUUUUUAUGAGAUUUAUAAAAUGUCGCAUUUAUUUAUCUUUAUCAUUGGAAAUAACAUUUUAAAGGUUGCAUUAAAAAAACUACUUACUCUGAUUAUUGUAUUUUGCAAACAACAGUAAAUUAACAUAGAUUUAAUCUCUUUACAGAAUGACACCAGAUCAGACAGCAAAUAAGGAGGAUGCUACUGUCUUGCCAUUGUUAUCUGUAUCUGAUGUAUUAGUGACACCAGCCCAAGCAGUGACUGUUGCUAGUGGUGCUGGGCAUUAACCAUGCUUAUUAGAAAACUCCAUACUAUAGCUGUAUGGAAAUAUGCAUUUAUGAGUUUCAUUUCUUACUGGUCAUAUUUAAAGAAACAUACACUAAAGGCAACAAUUUUACAAUAUUGUUGUAGAAAUUUGCUCAAAAAUUUUACAAAUGUAAGCUUUGUAAAACCUUUGAUAUUUUAAUAGGAAUGUGAAAAAGUUGUUGCCCAUUUUUGAUAUUUUAAUAGGAAUGUGAAAAAGUUAUUGCCCAUGUUAAAUGAAUAUUUACUAAAGAAUUGUUCAUGGACAUUAAUACAUGCAAAGUUUUAAAAGACCAGACUAGAGUUUUAGAAUUUUAUAUAAUGGAGCUUUCAUUCUUUUUUUUUUAAAAAUUGCUUUUUCUACAUAUAUAAUGACAUGCAUUAGUUGAGGAUCUAACAAAGCCAAUUUUUUAGGCUAGCAGGCAAAGAAGGGUGUUCUUUGUGCUGUAUAAAAUUCUAGAGAUUCAAUAGUUUUGAUGGUAGGAUUAUGGAAUGUAAAUACAUAGCUAAGAUAUGCUAUAUGACAUUUAAAUAAUGUAAUAUAUAAAUAUAAAGAAUAUUUGUUUUUUGUGUGUAUAAAUUUGCUUUGGUCAACAGCAUCACAAGAUGUAAUUAUUAUGAGCAAGUAUUUUAUUGCAAAUGGUACAAUAAGUAAUCUGUAUAAUGCAAAGAAUAGUUUGAAAUUGUUACUUUAUCCAACAGUUGACAGUUAAAAAAAUUUUUUUUGCAUUCUAACACUUUAUGUCCACAUAAAGCCCUUAAAUACUCUCCUUCACUGCGUACACAGCACACAUUUUAACAUGUUAUCUUUCUUAAAGAUAUAAAUUAUAAACUACAAUUUAAAAAAAUGUACAGUCAAAUUUUCAGUUCCUUGAACGCUGAAAUUGCAAUUUUGUUGGCCAGGGACUCUUCAGAUUAAUUUGGAAGUAUUUGAGUUGUAAUUAGUGAUCUGUUUAUGUUAAAUUUAGUAAUACAGAUUUCUGUUUGAAAUAAUUCUGUGAAAUAAAUAGUCCUUCUUGACAUUUACUUUCUAAGAUCUAAUAUUAUGAUGUUUCAAAUUUCUGAAGAAAAAACGUGUUGAUAUACAUGUUGAGGGUUUUUACUAUACCUGUAUACUGCUAUGUGGAUAUAAAGUGUCGUG